GGCAAAAAUGUCAAGUUCAAUUCUUCAGGGCGCUGUCAAUCCGGCAUCAGAGGCAAAAUUGGUUUGCAGAAAACACGCGGAAAAUCCAGGAAUUUCGUGAGAUAAUCACCGCGCUGGGAGAUGGCUUUCAACUUUCCCGCAUUCACGUACAUCGUGGCACUCAUUGCAGAUGCCUUCCUGAUAUUCUUCUCCAUAUUUCACGUGAUCGCAUUUGACGAGCUAAAGACAGACUACAAGAAUCCCAUUGAUCAGUGUAAUUCCCUCAAUCCUCUUGUCCUGCCUGAAUAUCUGCUACACUUCCUCUUCAAUUUCCUGUUCUUGCUGGCUCACGAAUGGUUCUCAUUGGCCCUCAAUCUGCCCUUAAUCGCCUACCACAUCUACAGGUACAAGACGAGGCCAGUGAUGAGUGGGCCGGGACUUUAUGAUCCUACCAGCAUCAUGAACGCAGACGUCCUGUCCAAAUGCCAGCGCGAGGGAUGGAUUAAGCUAGCCUGCUACCUUCUCUCCUUUUUCUACUACCUCUACGGGAUGAUUUACUCACUUAUUUCAACAUAAAUCAUCCUCACAGUCAAGCUCCUGCUCUUGGGGCUCCUCAGAUGGUAUCCGUAGCGAGUAACUUAGUAAGAUUUUGUGUUGUUUCGGUGUCAGACGCAUUGUAUUUUGGACAUUUUCUCACACAUUGGAGGUCAUUUUCACGGCUUUUGUGAUUCAAUUGAUGCUAAAAUGUAGAUUCAUGGAUAUUGAAGAGUGUAGAUACGUAAUUUAUUGCGAAAAUAACACAAUUUCUCCCCAAAAUACUUGAAGAAAUUCAUUGACUUAGAGAGGGAAUUAUAAACAGAUUUUCCUAAGGCCCAAUUUACACGUAAAAUAAUCAAGAUAUAGAUACAGCGAUUCUGUACAUAAUAGCCAAGAGAGAAACCGAUUUUCACGGAUUUUCAUCAAUUUUUCCAUUGAGAAAUAAAUUAAGAAUUUCGCCAAAAA